CUGCUGGGUCGGGCGCCUGCGCAGGAGGUGCCGAGCGGCGUGAUGGCUCCGAACGCGGAAGGCGGGCGGGACACGCUGGGACGCGGAGCCCGCAAGGGCGUCCGGGCGCUGCUCCUGGGGCCGCCCGGGGCAGGGAAGGGCACUCAGGCUCCUCGGCUCGCAGAAACGUAUUGUGUGUGCCACCUGGCCACGGGGGACAUGUUGAGGGCGAUGGUGGCUUCGGGCUCAGAGCUGGGGAAGAGGCUGAAGGCGACAAUGGAUGCAGGGAAGCUGGUGAGUGAUGAGAUGGUGAUGGAGCUGAUUGAGAAGAACCUGGAGACCCCCCCUUGCCAAAAUGGCUUCCUCUUGGACGGCUUCCCUCGCACUGUGCGACAAGCGGAGAUGCUGGAUGAGCUGAUGGUGAAGAGGAAAGAGAAACUAGAUUCGGUCAUUGAAUUCAGCCUUGCUGACUCCUUGCUCAUCCGGAGAAUCACUGGACGGCUAAUCCACCCAGGAAGUGGCCGUUCCUACCACGAGGAAUUCAACCCACCCAAGGUCCAUAUGAAGGAUGAUGUCACUGGGGAAUCUCUGAUCCGCCGGUCAGACGACAACGAAGCCGCGCUGAAAACACGCCUGAAGGCUUAUCACACCCAGACCACACCGCUGGUGGACUACUACUCCCGGCGUGGAAUCCAUACAGCUGUUGAUGCCUCCCAGUCUCCAGAUGUGGUUUUUGCCAGCAUCCUGGCAGCUUUCUCAAAAGCAACAACCGGGUGAUUCCAGCCAGCAGACAGCCCACGACUGCAUCAAGCACGCCCUGUCCAACAGCUGCCCCCCCACCCCCCAGCUUUGCUCUUGGAACGGAGGGUGGGGGGUGGGAUGGAAGGCCUCGUCCAAAGAGGGAAGGAAAUCGCCAGAAGUUGGGGUUCUCUCCAAAAUUGCACUAAGGGGGGGAAAUCCUGUUUUUUAAAGAAAAGCAAAUCAGGAAGACAAGAAUAAAAUGUCACCGCAGGCUUGA